ACGGGAAUUGAAUGCUUCUUCUGCAACCUUUGCUGGGAAGUAGUAACACUAGGGGAUUCAAAUGUGCAUACUAGUAACCAGUAACUCGCACCAUGUGCAGGAUGAUCGAAAAGAUAGGAAGGUAGAAAGUUCUACUUCCCGAGAUACCUGCAAGUUCAAGGUCUAUCUAUGGUGAGGGUAUAUUCAUUAUGCAGGUUCCUGUACACCAUGAAGAUUGAUGUGGCAUUGUCCUGUCACUGGCUACACGUGCAUAUUUCUGGCGCUUUGCUGUCAAAUGCGGUUUCACGGCAAUUGAUGAUGGCCGGGAGUAUAUAUGGAAUGGCGAGAAUCUAUGAGUCGACCAGUUUAUCUCAAAAACGAGCAAUUUUCUCAUUGGCAUCAUGAUGUUAAGCCUUGAGGUGGUAAUUAUUGCCGCCUUGUCUGGAUCUGCUCUGGCUGCCCCUCAGAACAUCCAGAACCAUGAAUCCACGGAUAAUUCAUGGAAAACUCGGAUCAAGAAUGUUGUUGUUCUCGUUGAAGAGAAUAGAUCGUUCGACACAUUCGCAGGUGGUCUUAGUUAUAACCCAUCCAUUGAUGGGUUAUUGCACCACAAUUACUGCAAUUCAAUGUAAGCUUUUUCACAUUCACAGUUAGACUUCGAUUGACACAAUGAAAGGAACGCAUCAGACCCCACGCAGAAAGCGGAUGUUUGUGCUGGACCUCGUGCGAAAGAUGUUGCAGCAGAUGAUCCAAAUCAUAGUAUUAGUGGUAUCAACAUGCAACGUAUGACCGCCCAUCUUGAUAUUGCUUCUCCCACUAAUUGUUCAAGUCUUCACAACAUGGCAUCCGGAUGGAACACAGCCCCAAAAUAUGCGUGGUUUCGUGACGGAACAAUCCUUCACCUUCGACACCUUCAAUAAAACUCGUGCUGCCGAAGUCAUCAACUACUAUACUCCCGAGCAGAUAAAAGUCUUCAGCACGAUGGCCGAGAACUACGUACUCUUCGACCGCUGGUUUGCCGCUGUACCUGGUCCUACCAACCCCAAUCGUGCCUACAUAACGAGUGGAACAUCUUUUGGACACGUGAGUUGUUAUUUUUACACGUCAAGAGAAUUGUGCAGACAAGGGGCUCAUUAUAUAUUUAGGGAUCAAAUGAUAACACCUUUAACACAUAUGGAUUACCCGUCAAAUCCAUCUUCGAACAACUUUCGGAAAACAACAUCACCUGGAUGAACUACCAGAACUCUACCCUCGGCCCGGGUCUCGGUUUCAACCCUGAUGCAGCCUUCUAUACGUGGACCAAGACCAGUGGUAAAGACAAAACUAACAUCGCACCAUUAACAAAAUUUUACGAGGACGCGGCUGCAGGUACUCUCCCACAAUUCACAUACAUCAACCCAGAAUGUUGUUCCUACCAGUCCUAUCAUCCCCCUUCGCCCAUCAGCCUAGGGGAAACUUUCAUAAAAGGAAUCUAUGAAGCUAUCCGCUCAUCACCACAAUGGAACGAAACGCUCUUCAUCCUCACAUUCGACGAGCACGGCGGUUUCGGCGAUCAUGUUCCUCCACCAACGAACGUCCCCGCUGGGGAUAGUGUCACAUACACUGAAAAAGCACCGGACGGAAAGAACAUGACAUUUGAUUUCACACGUUUGGGCCUCCGGGUGCCGACGCUUUUGAUCAGUCCGUGGGUUGGUAAGGGGCUGGUGGAGAAUAAGGGGAAGAAUAAGGGAGGCGAAUACACACAUACGAGUAUUAUUGGAUUUUUGGAUGAGUUGUGGGGAUUGGAGCCAUUGACACCUCGAGUUGGCUGGAGUAGUACUUUUGAGAAGUUGAUUACGAAUAAGUUGAGGACGGAUACUCCCGUCACAUUACCAGAUCCUGUGGUUUUUGGUUAAGAGAGGACUGGAUAUGGGCACUUGUCGUGGUUAGGAUCUUUUUUCUUCGCUGUAACUAGCAUAGACGUAUCCCAGGAACGAGGGCGAGUGGUGUAUAUAUAUCGAUCCAUUCUUUAUUCGUAUACAUGCAAAUAAUGUCAGACUUCUUUAGACACAUAGG